GAACAGAAUGGAGUCUCGUGGCGUGUCAUUCACGAUAUCCUCAAAUAUGGCUUGGUGCCUCAGCUCGAAGAACUCACCGAGGAGAUGCGUGCCACCGUCGCUUUCAAUCGCGUCCACGCAAUCGGGAACAUAUACGCCAAAACUUUUGCGAAGAAUGGUGCUAGAACAUUCGAAGAUCUCAUAAACUCCACUGGCGACGAGUAUGGCAAGAAAGUGUCAAAAGCUCAGAAACUGGCUCUGAAAUAUCAUCACGAGAUGGAGAUUAUGAUUCCCCGUCAAGAGGUGGACAAAUUCGACAUGCUCAUCAAAGAUGCGCUGAACAAGGCCGAUCCGACUAUUAAGUACGAAAUCAUGGGAUCUUAUCGUCGUGGCGAAGAAACGUCAAGUGAUAUAGAUAUGGUUGUAUGGCAUGACUCGCUCAAACGUCGCGAUCCGGAUGCCAAAGUCAGAAAAGGAAACCCUGCUCCUGACAGUAUCAUGGGACGUGUACUCAAUGCUAUGUUCAGUGCUGGUCUCUUCAGCUCGGACAAAAUGUUUGCAACCGGCGAGAAAAAGGUAUGGGGAUUGAGCCGUCUUCCCGGAGAUCCGAAAGCUCUGCACCGUCAAGUAGACGUUCGACUCUGUCCAACAGAAAGCUUGCCAUACAUGCUACUGGGCAAUACCGGGGACAACGAUCUCAUGAGGUUCCUCAGAUACAAAGCCGAAGAGAAAGAUCUCUUACUCAACGAGUACGGAAUGGGUCAGCGGGUUUCCAUCUCAGUUGGUUUUCUGCCGUGA